UAAACCCAAGCAGUAACACGCACAAACCUGGUGAUUCUCAAUCCGCUGAACAGUGUUCGCUCUCUCAAUCAUUGUGUCAAGAGUAUUUGUGCAUGAAAACAGCUUUACAUUGAACCACAACUACGGAAUUAUAUUUAGCUUGCGAAAUUUCGAACUACUUAAUGAUAAAUUUCAAUGCUUUUCAUUGAUAGGAGGGGGAUAUUCUAAUUAGUAAUUACCAUCCUUUCCAACUACAUGGUAGACCUUGACCUGUUUGUUCCGGGAGAAGCAUUAUUAAGAACUUGGAAAAAGAGGCGGUAAUGCGUUAGAGCAGUUAGUUUGUUCCGAUGGGGUGGAGAUCACGAUCCUACGCUGGCCUCUUUCUGUCAGUAGUAAGGAUUGUGAAGUCACAUUCGGUGCCGGUCUCUCAAAAGUCCAAAGUAUUUUAUUAUUCAGCUCCAGGUGUUUUAAAAGGUUGUUUUAGUAAUGUCUAUGUGAUGAAUUUUCAAGCAAUUAGAACAUAUGCUCGAGGUGGACGCAAAGAUUAUGAUCUCUUUAGCAGCAGAAAACCAGGGAGUGCAGAUUUCAGGAAAGCCUGGGCGAAGGAGAUGGAUGAAGAUAACACUCUAUGGACAGGAAGCGAAGAUGAAACUGAUGAAGAAAAUGACUCAAAGAGUCAUCUUGAUAAAGAGAUUAGGAAGGCAAGACAGCAAGCUAAAGAACACGCAGAUCUGAUCGAUGCUGAUGACAGUGAUGAGUUAAGAAGUGUUUGGUCUGACACCGAUGAAGAGAAGACGCUGUGGACUGGUGAUGAAAUGGAUAGUGAUGAUGACAUUCCUACAGAAGCUUAUCCAAAUGAAAAAAGUGAUAAGUACAUAGAUAAAUUGUUUGAGUUUGAUGAAAUGCCGAAAUAUAGAACCAUCUCAGAGAUGUUGAAAGCCGAACAAGAACCGGAAGAGUUAUCACCAGGAAAGCAAGCUCGGAAGAUCGCUGUUGAGAAUGCUCUCAAGAAGCUAAAGAAAGGUCCAGAUGGGAGGUACACCAAUGUAUGGGAAGUAAUGAGUGACUUGGACAUUCUUAUUGGAGCAUUUGAGAAUGUUGUUUCAGGUCCAGAGUAUACAGAGCUUCGAGAAGGAGGGCCUAAACAAUUGAAUAUGCAGUUUUUCAAGGACAUACAAGCACGUAUGAGAGAUCCAAAUUACAAAUUCUCACCUGAGUUGAAAUUGAGACCAAAGAGUAAACUGGUCCCGAGAAAAAAAUGGCAAAAAGCACAGGCUAGAAGGAGAAAAGCACAAAAGAGGUAAAAGCCAAUGGGCUUACAUUCUAGUUUACCUUUGUACUACUUAUGCUACUUUUUUAAGGUAAUGUUUGUUUCCAGAGACUGGGAUUGGGACUUAGUAUUGUGUUUGGUGGCCUAAGACUAGAACUAAAAUUUCAGUCCCGGAACACAAAAUUCCCUUUAGUACCUCCAGAAAAUGGGAACACAGGGGGCUGAAAUUUUUGGGAAUGGAGAUAGAAACUUUAAUAACAUUUCCUCUCAAAAAUACCCUUAUUUAACUUUUCAAAUUCCAAAUCUACAUUUUAAUCUCCGUAUUUAUGUUAAACUAAAUAUAAUAUGGAGACAAAACUCAGUUCAGUACAUUUUACAUCAAACACAGUGCAAAGACUUAAUUUAGUCUCUAUUUCCGAGUCUCAGUUUCCCUUCCAAACGUAGCCUAAUAGAUUAGAAUACAACAACAACAAAGGCUUAUCCUAUUAGGGUUGUUUUUGAGUUGGGGUUUUACGGGAAAAAGGGAAGGAAAGGAAAGGCUUGUAGUGUUAAACUUUAAAUUUUUUACAUUACAAUCCCCUUCUUUUCCUACUCUUCCCAUCCCUCCAAGAUGCCAGCUCGCAAACAACCCUCUUAGACAAGGUCGGCUACAUAAUUAAAUGCAUAGUUUAGUCAAUUUAUAGUUAAACCUUUGUAAUAUUGGAUGGGAAUGAUGUAUACCAAUUGAUUAGAUAUUUCACUAUUUAAUCCAUGCAUGAAUAUUCUUAGUAUACAUAUAUACAGUGAUGCAGAAUUCUAGUAGUCAUAUUUAGUAUGUAUUGUGUGUAUAUUUGAUUAGUCUUGAAGUCAUGUCUCUCUUAGUUUUUAGCUCUUUGGAGUAUAUAAUUUUAUGGUUUCCAAUGCUAUGAAAUUGAAAUUCUAACCUAUAGUACCGAUGCUAGGAAAAGUAUGUAGUCAAAACUGAAACAAAUGUUAGUGAAGUGCCUAGUCUAGACUAUAGCAAAUGUCUACGAUAAUAAUUGAUGUAUUCUACUAGACUAAGGACUUUUAUUAAUAG